AUGCGAACAAAUUACAAGUCUGGGGGCAUUUCCCUCCUGGCUUUGUCUGUCUUCGCUCUUACAUCCACCGCCGCAACCUUACCAACAACGACAACAGGAGCGAGUAUCUCUUUGCCAACUCUCAGUCCUGUUCAUUAUGCCCAAACUUCUACGCUCUCUAUCGAGUACUAUGAUUCUGCGCCUAAGAACGACACUGCUCCCGUCGCCAUACUUAUCCACGGAUUCCCCUACUCGAUAGAUACCUAUGUUGACGUUGUUCCGAAGCUUAAGAAUGAAGGAUAUCGCGUCAUCGUCCCGUCUCUUCGAGGAUUUGGAAAUACAACAUUCCUGUCGACAACAACACUACGUAGCGCAGAGCAAGCUGCUCUGGGGAAAGACGUCAUCGACUUGAUGGACGCUCUCAAAAUCGAAAAGGCCAUCUUUGCAGGUUACGACUGGGGCACGGUUGUGGUCAAUGUUGCAGCCGCGCUGUGGCCGGACAGGUGCUCAGGAAUGGUCGCAGCAAACUCCUAUCUCAUUCAAAAUCGCGAGACAGCCUGGAAUGUUGCUCCCGCCAGCUCGUACCCAGUCAAAUGGUACUACUACGUGUUCCUCACUCCUCCCGGAUACAGCUCACUGGCUAGCGACACGAAAGGCUGGGCCGAAGUACUCUGGUCGAAAAAUAGCCCGAACUGGACUUACACUGAGGGGCAAUUAGACGCUGCAGCUCUAGCUUUCCAUAACCCGGACUACGUGGAUAUUGCAACCAACUUCUAUCGCAAUCGUCUGCUUUAUGCUCCGGGGGAUCCUAGCUAUGCGGAGCUAGCAAAUGCGCUAGAUAAGCAGCCUGUUAUCACUGUACCCUCUGUCACUCUGGAUCCAGAUCAAGCUGUCGUUUUCCCGGCUACGAAUGGUAGCACCACGGCAAAGUAUUUCUCAGGGCCAAGAAAGCAUCAUAUUGUGAAUGGCUGUGGCGAGAAUAUUCCACUGGAAAGGCCCGAUGUUUUUGCGAAUGCGGUACUGGAGGUCGCACAGCUGGGGAAAGGGCGUUCGUAG